AUGUACGCAGUAAUCGACGAUCAGAGUAACCGCUCUUUAGCAGCACCUGAAUUUUUCGACUUCUUCACUGUGAAGGAUAAACCACAGAACUAUACUAUUUCAACAUGUUCUGACAGAGUCGUCACUUCAGGAAGAAGAAGAAAAGGAUUUGUUAUCAGAUCAAUGGAAGGUGAUGUAGACUUUGAACUGCCAACCCUGAUUGAAUGUGAUCAUAUACCAAAUAACAGAGUUGAGAUACCUACACCUGAAGUCGCAUUCCAUCACGCACAUCUCUUAGAUAUCGCCAAGCACAUCCAACCACUAGAUGAACAGUGCCAUAUUCUUCUGUUGAUUGGACGAGAUCUGAUAGAAGCACAUCACAUCCUACAUCAAAUCUUUGGACCACCAAAAGCUCCAUACGCACAACAAUUAAAAUUGGGAUGGGCUGUCAUUGGUGAAACUUGUCUUGAUACACAACAUGCUUCACAGGAUAUAAGUGUCAAGAAAACAUACCUGCUACUAACAGUUCAGCCUACAAUAUUGAAACCAUGUAGCAACAAGUUCGAGGUCCGAGAAUUAGUGGAUCAAUCUAUAUGGGAUGAGUCAAAGUUAUUCAUCAGAACUAAGGACGAUGAUACAUUAGGCAUGUCGAUUGAAGACAGAAUGUUUUUUAAACAAAUGGACAGUGAAUUUCUCAGAGAUUCCACAGGAAGUUGGGUUGCCCCACUACCAUUUCGUGAGAAUAGACAGCGUUUACCAAACAACAGGGAGCAAGCGAUCCAACGUGCGAGACUACUCGAUGCGAGCCUGAGAAAGAAUGCUAUGAAAAAAGAACACUUUCUUACAUUUAUGGGAAAAAUCUUGGACAAUAAUCAUGCUGAAGUUGCACCGGAAUUGUCUGAUGGAGAAGAAUGUUGGUACCUGCCAUUGUUUGGUGUUUACCACCCCAAAAAACCAGAUCAGAUUCGGGGGGUGUUUGAUUCGUCCGCCAGAUUUAAUGGAGUUUCCCUUAACGACAUUCUCCUCUCAGGACCUGACUUAUCUAACAGUCUUCUUGGUGUACUCAUACGAUUUCGUAAGGAGAUGGUGGCUGUCACCGCUGAUGUGCAACACAUGUUUCACUGCUUUUUGGUUAGGGAGGAUCAUAGAAACUUUCUACGAUUUCUGUGGCAUAAGGAUAAUGACCUAGACAAAGAGAUCAUCGAGUUUAGGAUGAGGGUUCAUGUCUUUGACAACAGCCCUUCGCCUGCUGUAGCAACCAUGGGACUCAGAAAGGCGGUUGAGUUAGCAGAAUCAAAGUAUGCAGACCAUGUUACCAAUUUUGUAAGAAAUAACUUUUAUGUGGAUGAUGGGCUAAUAUCCUGUCCUACCCCUGAGGAAGCCAUUCAUACUCUCAAAGACACUCAGAGUGCCUUGAAAGAAUUUGGCAAUCUCUGUCUUCAUAAAUUUGCCUCCAACAGUCUUGAGGUUAUGUCAGCCUUUCCAAGUGAAGACCUAGCGACUAAUCUGAAAGACUUGGAUUUACAUGGUGAGGAGAAGCCACUUCAACGUAGCCUUGGUCUUAGCUGGGAUGUCAACAGCGACACCUUUCUGUUCCAACUUUCAAAAGACAAUAAACCUGCCACACGAAGAGGUUUACUUUCAACUGUUAAUGGCAUAUACGACCCUCUAGGCUUUUUAGCCCCAGUAACUAUUUAUGGUAAAUUAUUGCUAAGGAAACUCAUAGCACAGACUCAAAACUGGGAUGAGCCACUCUCAGACGAAAUGGAAUCAAUAUGGAAUUCCUGGAAAGACACUCUAGGCUCACUUGAAGACUUGAGGAUUCAACGCACAUAUGUGACAGAUCUCAGUAGAGCUGUGACGAAGGAACUUCAGGUGUUCAGCGACGCCUCUGAAAAAGCCAUAGCAGCUGUCAUUUAUUUGCAUACAACAGAUAGCGAAGGACGGUGUAAGCUUGGAUUUGUUCUGGGCAAGGCCAAAGUUGCACCCAUUAGUGGACACACUAUCCCACAACUGGAAUUGUGUGCAUCUGUGUUAGCAGUAGAGAUUGCCCAAUUCGUCCUUGAACACCUUGACAUUCAUAUAGACUCUGUGAAGUAUUACACUGACAGCAAGGUAGUUCUCGGCUAUAUCUGUAACGAGUCUAGAAGAUUCUAUACCUAUGUUGCCAACAGAGUACAACGUAUUAGGAAGUUCACAACCCCAAAUCAGUGGAAUUAUGUCCCCACUGAUCGUAACCCAGCAGACCUCGCAACCAGAUGUUUACCUGCAGCUGAACUUCAAGACAGCACUUGGUUACAGGGACCAAACUACCUAGUCAUGAAGAAAGAACAGCAAUGUGAUGAGAAUGAACAUUUGCUCAUUGAUCCGGAUGAGGAUAAAGAAAUCCGCCCAGUUGUUUCGACAAUGAAAACACACACGUCAAAUGAAAAUGAUGAUCGACUAGAAAGCGUGAUUGAACGAUUUCAGCGAUUUAGUGAUUGGAAGACACUUGUUUUGGCCAUGAACUUUCUCAGGUGCCUGCUUUUCAAGUUCCAAGGUCAAGACAUUGAUUCUAAGACAUUUUCAGAGAGGUACCAGGAUACAGAGCAUUAUGUGAUCAAAGUAGUGCAGUCUGAAGUCUACUUUGAUGAGAUAGACUGUAUUCGACGUCAAGAGCCUCUCUCUAGAAGAAGCCCAAUAGCUAACCUUAACCCCUUUCUAGAUGAACAAGGAUUGCUUCGAGUCGGAGGUCGCAUAGUGAAUUCUAACUUGAGCUUACGGGAGAAGAAACCUUUGAUCAUACCAGGACGCCAUCACAUAGCAACCCUCUUAGUUCGUUGCCACCAUGAAAAGGUCCAGCACCAGGGGCGUCACUUCACCGAAGGAGCUAUCAGGGUUGCUGGGCUAUGGAUAACGGGUGUGAAGCGACUUGUGGCAUCUAUUAUUUAUAAAUGUGUAAAGUGUCGAAAACUCAGAGGGAAAUUGCAGUAUCAGAUCAUGGCUGAUUUGCCAGCAGAUCGCCUUGACCCUUCACCACCUUUUACCAAUGUGGGUGUGGAUGCAUUCGGACCUUGGGCCAUUGUUUCUCGUAAAACGCGAGGAGGUAGCGCAAACUCGAAACGCUGGGGAAUACUGUUCACUUGCUUGGUGACUAGAGCAGUGCAUAUUGAAUUGGUUGAGGCGAUGAGUUCAUCUGCCUUUAUCAAUGCUGUUAGGAGAUUCACUGCUAUACGAGGUCAAGUCAAGACAUUCCGUUCCGAUCAAGGGUCCAACUUCAUUGGGGCUGUAGAUGACUUGCGCAUUGAUUCCAUAUAUGUUGAUGAUGAACCCUUGAAAAACUAUCUUCACAACUCUGGUACAGUGUGGAUCUUUAAUCCUCCUCAUGCAUCCCACAUGGGUGGGGCAUGGGAGAGGAUGAUCGGCAUCACCCGUAGGAUCCUCGACUCCAUGCUGAUUGGUGCCAGUGGGAAGACUUUAACACACGAUGUUCUGAACACAUUUAUGGCGGAGGUUUGUGCAAUUAUCAAUUCGAGACCUCUCGUUCCAGUCUCCACAAACCCAGACUCUCCGUUGAUACUUACCCCAGCAAUGCUGUUAACACAGAAGACUGAGUACGAGUUUGAAGCCAACUCACUUGGAGAAUUCAAUGAUCGUGAUAUGUUCAAGGCUGAAUGGAGACGCGUUCAAGCUUUAGCGAGUGUAUUCUGGUCUCGAUGGAAGAAGGAGUAUCUUUCGCUUCUACAGAAUCGACGGAAGUGGACUGAGAGCCGACGCGACAUAGCCAAGGGAGAUGUGGUUCUUAUCAGAGACAAGAAUGUUACACAGAACUGCUGGCCUAUUGGUUUAGUCUUGAAAGCCUUAAAGAGUUCCGAUGACCACGUACGCAAAGCUGAGGUUCGCACCAUAGUGAAUGGAAAGCCUGCAGUUUAUGUUAGGCCAGUGGUUGACAUGAUUCUUCUCAUUGAGAGUGAAUGUGUUUAA